UUCGAUUGUACAUAUUUCCAGAUUGGAAGUGGUAAAGUUGACCAGACCUACACUCUAGAGCUGGAAAAUAACAUCAGUAUUGGAGCUGGCUUAGUAAUUCACAAGUUGAAGUGCUUGUCACAAGGUGGACCAGUAUGGGAGGCUAUCUUAACAUCGAGGGGUGCUGGAAUUGCUGGAAGCAGACAUGCAGCGUGUGUGGUUUGUGAAGACAGUACAUUGUCUGUAUUUUCUGCUGGAGGUCAACGUCUUCUGCCCCCUGUGGUGCUGUCCUCUCCUGCAACUAGACUGACUUGUAGUGACCAGUAUGUAAUGGUGUUAACUUCUAGAGGUUGUGUGUCGGUUUGGAACAUCCAGGAACUGAAGACACUGGUUAAAAAUGAAUCUUUACUUCCAAUAAUGCAAGCUCCUGCUGGAACUGACCUCAGUAUCAGAAGUACAGGAUUAACGGAACAUGGAGCUCCAGUUGUUAGCUUGUCGACCAGAAAGUCUUACAUCUUUAACUUUGAUGUGGGGGCUUGGUUGUUAAUAAGUAGUGCUGAUGAUGCAGUGUAUCAGUGUUCUGAUCAUCAAUCUUGUCUACCUCCUGAUGUCAAGCUUCAGGAGACACUUCUUCCACUAGCAUCUCUUCAAGGAGAACUGAACAGACCAACCCGUGUAGCACGUAAUAUCUUCAACAGUAACCCUGUCACUCGACGAGCUGCUACACUCAGUCACCUCGAUAGUCAAUUAGCAGCAGCUCUAUCCAUGCACUCUGCCAAAGACUACAAAUUCUGGUUUCUCACGCUUGUUCGAUACCUGACCCAAGAAGGUUUAGAACCCAGGCUACGAGAAUUAUGUUCAGAGCUACUCGGACCUGUGGUACAGACAACCAGACAGAGCAGUUGGAAGUCUUACACCAUGGGUCUUUCUAAACGAGAGCUGCUACGAGAAAUCUUACCAGUCAUGGGCUCCAAUCUGAAACUUCAGCGACUAGUAACAGAAUUUAAAGAACAGUUGGAUGUAAUUCUUACCUGACAACGAGUUGAGUGCGAUCUAAAAGACGUAUUAAUUUCUUCAAACACGCUCAGUGAUCGACUUGGCCAGUCAUGUGUAUAGUAAUCAUAAUUUCACCGGUUAUCGCUCUGCACUGUGCCCAUUAUCAUUUUAUGUGUACUUAUUUCCUCGGCUAUUCUGUGAAUCUCUCUGUGCCAUUUAUUAUCAAGCCAAGUACAGCACUAGACUUUGAAAAAGCAUGUACUUCAUCCUUUGUUUUUCCAGCGUACAUAAUAAUUCUUAGAAAGUUCUAGUUGACUACAAGGUUUCCAAUUAGAAUACACCUUCAUUCUGGACAUGUUGAAAGUCUUGAUAAUAUAAAUCGAUUGAACAGGAUAUAUUUUAAAUAUAAAAUGGUGGACUUCUAAAGAAAAGUGAUAACUAUCAAUGUACUGAAAGAUUUAAUGUCAUGUACUGUUCAGAGACUGGUGAUGAACUGGUUAGAAGAUUCAACCUAGGACGUAAUGUAUUUGUUCUAAAGAUUUUAAAACUCUCAACUCAUUAAAUAUUUAUAACUUCACAUACCGAGUCCUACUUAAUGGAACAUUUAACAGCAGCUUUUUUUUUACAUGAUGUAAAUUUCAAGGUUUUAAGUAUUCCCUCAUUUUAUUAUGUGAUAUAAACAUAUAUUUAUGGUAACUACUUUUUAACACAAGUUUCUUUGAAAUUUAUCAUUAUGUAUAAAUUUUCCCUUUUGUUGAAAAAAAAAUUGUUUUGUUGUGUCUUUUGCAGGGCACAUUACAGAGUGGAUAGUUUUGUAUAAAACCAUGCAGGCAGUUUACAACAGUUAAUUUAUUUAAUUAAAUCCAAGUUAUAUUAAGGUCAUUUGUGCCCAAGAUUACAAAAAUUAGGUACACGAACAAAUUGAAUUUACAAGCUCAUAUUGUAACAUGUUUUAACUGGAAUUUCUGUACUGUACUCCAUUGUCUUGGUUUAGCUUAUUUCUCAAACAACUUUGGGCAAGUAAUAAUUGUUAUGCUUAAGCAUGUGAGCCAGUAAAAUAUGAUGUGAAAGAUAAGUGUUAGACUCGGUCUGUACCCACAAGAACGUGUCUUUACCAAUAUUGUAAAUAACACUAACUCUCAAUAAGGAAAGGAUGGUUUAACUGAACAUUUAAAGGUUGUACUCUCACACAUAGUAAGUUUGUUGUAAACAUUUAUUUAUAAAACUAGUAUGUUUUGUGAAGUUGAAAUAAAUGAGGAUAACCUUUC